AUGGCUGCAGCCGCUAAAGAGUUUAAAAGUGGAACUUACAUAUCACAAGAAUCUAUCAAAAUUAUUGCAGAAUCAGUCGGUAUAUCAAAUAUAUCUGAUGAAGCUGCAAAACAUCUUGCAGAUGACAUAACUUACCGAAUGAAAAUAAUGAUACAGGAUGCAAAGAAAUUUAUGGGCCAUGCUAGAAGAAAAAAGCUCAGUGUUAACGAUUUGGAUUAUACUCUUAAAGUAAAAAAUAUUGAGCCUUUGUAUGGAUUUGUUUCUUCUGAGUUUAUCCCAUUUCGAUUUGCAAGUGGUGGAGGACGAGAAAUUUAUUUUAGUGAAGAGAAGGAGCUUGAGUUAAGUGAUCUUGUGGGAGCCCAAAUGCCUAAAUUACCACUUGAUGUGUCUGUCAAAGCUCAUUGGUUAAGCAUAGAAGGAAUUCAGCCCACCAUUCCUGAAAAUCCUCCUCCAGUUUCCAAAGACCAGCAAAAGCUUGAAAGUAUGGAUCCCACAUCAAAAAUGCCAAAGAUUGGCGCCAAUGCUUCAAGCAAAGAAUCAAAAGAAGAAAUAUCAAAACAUCUUGAAAUAGUUCGCCUAAAACAAUUAGCUACUCAUGAGCUUUCAGUGGAGCAGCAAUUGUACUACAAAGAAAUUACAGAAGCUUGUGUUGGAUCAGAUGAAUCAAGGAGAGCAGAAGCUCUGCAAAGUCUUGCUUCUGAUCCUGGUUUAUAUCAAAUGGUUCCCAGGCUGAGUCAGUUUAUAUCCGAAGGUGUUAAAGUAAAUGUUGUGCAGAAUAAUUUAGCCCUACUCAUUUAUCUAAUGCGCAUGGUGAAAGCUUUGCUGGACAACCAAACUUUAUUUCUUGAAAAAUAUCUUCAUGAAAUCAUCCCUUCUGUGUGUUCCUGUAUCGUUAGCAAACAGCUAUGCACAAGACCUGAUGUUGACAACCAUUGGGCAUUAAGAGAUUUUGCCUCUCGACUUAUUGCUCAAAUAGCAAAAAAUUUCAACACAACAACUAGCAAUGUUCAAACAAGAGUCACCAGGUUGUUUAGCCGUGCAUUGGCAAAUGACAAAAUGCCUCUUGCGUCUCAUUAUGGGGCUAUAUCCGGCCUUUCUGAGCUUGGACCUGAAGUGGUACGGACAUUUGUUAUUCCUAGAGUCAAAGGGAUCGGUGAACGAAUUAGGCAGUGUCUGGAAGGCCCUACAGCAUCUAGCGUAGAUAAAAGUGCUGCUGAGCAUAUAAAGCAACUUGUCUUGCGUGUGCUGUCUCCUGUCCUAAAAUCAAGCAACUUAGUUGGUGACUCCUUAGAGGAUUACAAAAAUGAAUUUGGAUAUUUAGGGCCAUUUUUGCACAGUCAUGUAAUGCGAGCAAGACAGCAGACAACCACUACAACCACAUCGACAAGAACAACACUAACAGUUUCACAGCCACGCAUAAUUCCCGCCCUUGCAAGACCACCGACCAUAGUUGCAGUUCCUCGCACGACUCCAACUACUGGAGUACCAUCACCUACUGCUCCUAAGUAUGUCAUUGUCACACCUACAGCACGCCCAGGAACACCAGUGAGUCAGCCAUCACCAACUGCUACCAGCAACCCUACUCCUACUCUUGUAAAAAUAGUUACAACUCCCUCUACCACUCCUAUUCCAGGGAGAGUGGUGACUUCUGGUGCCAAUUCUCUUCCAAAACUUGUUGUGCUGCAAACAGAAUGCGAUGGUAUCAAAUCUGAACCAACAACGCCUGAUCACAGUCGUCCUGUGUCUCCUGAAGUGGCUGCUUAUAUUUCAGCCUCUGAUACAAUAGAACAUAGCUGAGAAAUUCUUCUCAAGAUGCACUGGAAAAAAUCUACAUGAGUGCCUAAAAUGUUUUUAAGUUGAGAGAUGAAUGAGAAAAUGUUUUACUUUGUCUUAUCAUUUCAUAUGUUGUUAAGAUGUUGCUUGUGACUUUAAAGCACUGGUAAAUCAUCACAGGUAGUGUUCAUCAUAUUGAUGAAAGACAUUUGAAAAAAGCAGUUUUUCUACCUUCAUGAAAGGGAAAAGAGGAAAAAUAAAGAAUGGUAAAUGCAUAUUGAAACUGCAAGUAAUCAUAUAACUUGGACUGUUUUCCAUCCAAUCAUCUAGUUUAAUCUUUUCAGUUAUUCCACUGUCUCAAAAAAUGAGUUGCAAAAAAAAAAAAAAAAAAAAAAAAAAAACAGAAAUAGUUUAUUGAAAUGCAAUAAAAUUUUUACAGGGUGUUGAACAGAAGAAAAGAUAAUGCUUUGCAACACUUCAGAGAAAAACUGCAGUUAGUUUUCAAAUUACCGGUAGACUGCUGUUGGCAUUUAAAUUGAAGUACAGUAAAUUCUUGAUCAUCUGCGGUGUUUCACACUUUCAACGAAAAAGAAAAAGAAUUUCGGCAAUGAUUAAACCGGUGUCGAUUAAUGCACCCAUUUUAACUUAACGAGUGAAAAAGCUGUUUCUGGACAUUCAUAUUUCUUCUCCCCCUCCCAUCAAACCUACCAAGG